AAAGAAAUUGUGAAGAACCUUCUGGGUAACACCUGCCCUCGCUUACUGGCUGUCAUCGCUGCAGCAGGGAAGUCAGAACUGGAACGGCAAGUGAAGCCAGAGGCUUGGGUGUCCAAAGGCACUAGUCCUGGUCCUGGGCGUCUGCUGCUGGUGUGCCAUGUGUCUGGCUUUCAUCCCAAACCUGUGUGGGUGCGGUGGAUGCGCGGUGAGCAGGUGCAGGCGGGCACUCAGCAAGGCGAAGUGCUGCCCAACGCUGACAGAACAUGGUAUCUGCGAGUGACCCUGGACGUGGCAGCUCGAGAGGCGACUGGCCUGACUUGUCGAGUGAAACACAGCAGCCUCGGAGGCCAUGAUCUAGUCAUCCACUGGG